GUUAUAUGCGCCUGCGGACGGGAUAUAGGCGACGACGAAGGGCACAGUCUUACCCGAAAUCUGCGCAAACGUCGUGAGCAGCGACACAAAUUUAAUCAGGUCCGAAAGGCAUUGCCCAAUAAACCCACUUUCAUAUCAGGGCUACUAUCGAGGUCUGACUCGCGGCGUUGCGAGCAGUCUGCAUCUCCUCAGCUAUGCGGUGACUCUGUUGCUGCUUGCUCGCACAGCUUGGAUGCAGUGUCAAAUUCCUUAUGCUUUUCGUCGACUCGAUGCACGUCCCAGCUGCCUGCUUCAAUCAGGCAGACACCAGAUAUCAUCGAUGCAGGCCCUUCCUCUUGUCAUUCUUCUAUUCAGCUGGUUCGAAUUUUGCCACACCCACAAUUACAGAAAGGGUUAUCUGAGUCAGGUGAAGCUCAACAUUCUGUCGCUACGGCGGGACUCGGUGAUGAUAUUAAGUCCAAUUAG